GUUGGAGCGGAGCCUCUGCACAGAACCACGGCGGAGGUUUCCAAGAAGCUGGGAUUGAUGGAGAGCGUUCGCCACGUUUGUCAGGCGGUCCAGAUUCCCCUGCCCGGAGUGGUCGUCGUUGGCGAACAGUCUGCUGGCAAGUCAUCACUGUUGGAAAACAUAUCCGGAAUUCAGUUUCCGCGCGCCCAGAACACGUGCACACGCAUGCCGUGUAUCUUGACGAUGCUAACAGACCCAACCGUCAACGAGUCCUUUGCCCUUGUGUCGAUGGAUUCGAGCUUUACCGAUGCGAAGAGAUGUGCUGUGGCGGACGUGGAGGGGCAGAUCAAGGAGCUGACGGAUCAGCACGCCACGGGCGCGGCCUUCAUCUCCAGACAGGCCCUCUACAUACGAGUCGUUCGGCGAGAUGGUCCGCAGCUGUCCUUGAUCGGCGUGACACACAACGCCGAGAAGAUGUCCAACAUUCACGAGGUCACCGUGAGCCUCGUGAAGGAGUACAUCGAGCCGGAGGAGAUGGUGAUCUUGUGCGUGAUCCCGGCUAUGUCCGAUUUUGGCAACGCGGAGGUGGUAAAGUUGGCCCGUGAGUACGACCCGGAGGGCAUCCGGACGCUCGGUGUUGUCACGAAGUGCGACGACGCAGCGAACGCUGAAGCAUCUGACAUUGUGGAGAAGGUCACAAUGUCAAGAGACUCCGACGUGCGCCUGGCGUUCGGCUUCCACUGCGUAGUCAACCGGUCUCAGAAGAACAUCGACGAAGGCAUGAGCCGCGAGGAUCUGUGGCAGAAGGAAGAGAAGAUCUUCACGACUUCGGACCGCCUAAGAAAGCUCCCAGCAAGCAACUGGGGCACCCUGCGUCUCAUGGAGAAGGUGGCGAAGAUCCAGGCGGAGGCCGAAGGAGACCAGUUCAAGCUCUUCAACAGCACCGUGAGGCUCAUCAAGGAUGACCUUCAGCGUCGCGUCCGGGCCGAGUUCAUGAGCAGCGACGAAGCGGAUAGCGCGCUGACCAUCGCGCCACAGGCGACGUUCGUGCAGGGCUACACCGUCGAGAACUUGAUCGGCCCCCAGGUGUUCAUCAACUUGAUCAGGCGCAUUUUCAUUGAAGAGGGCCUUCUCAAAGAUUCCGUGAACGAGCUGGUCGCCUCUGUGGCGGAGCAUCUGCGCCACGUCGUGCAGCAUGUCGUUGCCCUCCAUGCCAAGGUCCAUCCGGUUCUUUCCAGCCGCCUGGCGAGCACGGCCGAGGACGCCAUUGACGAGAUGACGUCGAAGGCGCGGAGCCUCUGCGAGAGCCUGGCAGAGGCACAGGCCGUGACCUCCACGACGAACGGCAACUACAUGGUGCAGCUCUCGAAGUUCCGCCGCUCUUGGUUCCAAGAGGCGGCCGACGGCCUGAAAAGCAUCGCCGAGGCCUUGCUAGGAACCGCGGGAGCAAAGGAAGAAGAGCCGCAGCUGACGCCCGAGUUCGUGGAGUUGGUGAAACAGGCGCAAGAGGAGCCGGACAAGCUGGCUGUGCUGGAACUCUGUGCAUCGCUGCAUGUUUACACUGGCUUCCUCAUCGAAGGCUUCGUGGAGCAUGCGGCCAAGCUUUUGAAGUUCAACAUGGUAGAACAUCUGGGGGAGACCCUGGAAGACACCUGGCGGGAAGUGCUUGGAGGAAGCGCGUUGCACGAGCUUUUCCCCAAGGACGAGGGCACAGCGCGACGAAGGAAGGCGCUCAUGGACAGCAUUGGCGCGCUUCAGGACUUCAAGGCUUGCGGUCGGCUAAACUUUGGUCCAAAGCAUGCCGGCAAGUGGGAUGGGUCGUAUGAGCAGUUAACGUUGUCGAGCCGCACGCUGGUAGGUUUCUGCUCGCUUCUUCUGACGUCAUCGGGGCCUCAGGAGCAGCUCUCGACGCUGAAGGUGGCCGCCCCGGUUCCUACACUCGUCCCCGCCAAGAGGAAGACGAUGUCGGACAGCCUCCAGGACCGGGAGAAGGCCAGGAAGGAGGAGCUCGCAGCCAGGACCUUCGUUUGGAACUUUGCCGCGGAGCUGGAGGGUAAGGAGGAAAAGAAGGGAACGAGCCUCGACAGCCCGAAGUUCACCAAGUUGAAGGUGCCGGAUAUGUACCUGUGCUUUUAUCCAUACGGCGACGGUGCGACCGCCGACGACAAGUCGGCACUUUUUUUGUAUGCACCAGCAGGCUGGACCCUCACGUUCCGCUUGCGUGCAGGAGGAGUUGAGUACGUGGCUGAGGGCUGGAAGUUCGAUGCAACAGGAACCGGGUACGGUAACACCAUCUUUCCUGCUGCGACAGCAUUCUCAACUCCAGAAGUCAGCGUGGAGCUUCUGAAGGUGCCUUUACUACUGCAUUUCGAUGUGAACAAGACUGUGAUUCAGUCGGAUAGCGUGCAAAUGAAAGGCGUGGAGGAGGGAAUCCGAGAGGGCAUCGCAGACCUCUUCUGGGGAAACGUGAGCAAAAACGGAGGCUCCGAGACCUGGGAGUGGAUCAAAGCCGAGCCCACCUGCACGCCCCCAAAGGAUGAUAUCCUUGCAGUGGGGACGACACCUCUGAACUACACCCAGUGGUGCAAGCGCACGGUGAAGGACAAGAAGGAGAUGAAAGCAGCAGUUCGUUCCUUUUCCCUUGUGGCCGGGCAGCCGGUUGAGAAGGAGAUGCAGAAACUCCUGCAAGUCACGAUUAAGAAGAUGCAGCUUCGACCAGAGGUCCGAAAGUCCAAAGAGGCCGAAGGAGCGGGGCUGCUUGGCCCGACCUUCAACAUGUUCCCUGCGUUGUUUCACAUGGUUGUGAAGCUGCAAAAGGAGAGGAGGCCUUUCGCAAUUCUUUUCCGGUCGUUCGGGGCCGACCACGAGAAGAUCCAGCAGGAGUGGAACGCCUUUUGCGAGCUGCGGCACCCGAUCUUCUCCCCCUUGAUCGAAGAUAUCGGUCCGAUGGACGGCAGCGUGCCGGGGGUGCCGGAUCGACGGAUCCACUCGAUCCACACUCUCUAUC